AUGGUGGAACAAAGCUUUGCAGUUAAUUUGUCUCAUAUAAUUCCCCACGGCAAGCUCUUGGAAGGAAUCACCUAUGACGAGAGAACAGACACCCUUUACUAUAUCGACAUACCAGCUGGUUCGGUGUUUGUGUCCCCAAAUGCGGCCAAUACACCUCUUGGGGUUCCAAACAGCUACGUCGUGAGCGCUUCUGUUGGUGUGAUUGGGUUGACGUCUGAUCCAAAUAAGCUCAUCUGCGGAGUGGAAGACGGGGUAUCCAUCCUCGACCUUGCGAUGGGUGAAGUGGAAAACGUCAAGGCGUUUCCCAAUGGGAAUAUUGCUGAGGGCACACAGUUGAGAUCAAACGAUGGAUCUGUUGGGCCGGACGGGUCUUUCUGGGUCGGCACGAUGGACGACACCGAAGAAAAAAGCUUGGGAAGCAUGUGGCUGUUGAAGAACAAAGAUUCUGAGCUCAAGGAGCUCUGGUCCGGCGCUGGCAUUCCUAACGGCAUCAACUGGGAUUCGUCAAGAAAAAUCGUGUACUGGACCGAUUCAUUAAAGGAGACUAUUUACAAGUACAAUUAUGAUCCUGAGACAGCUGAAAUCGAUCUUGACUCUAAAGAAUCAUGGUUUUCCGGUGUUAGCACCCCAGACGGGUCCUGCAUCGACAAGGACGGGAACCUUUAUGUGGCACUCUGGGGCAGCAACAAGGUAGUUAGAGUGACCCCCGAAUGCAAGAUUGACAUGGAGUGGAAGUUUCCGUCCAAAAACAUGACGUGCUGUGCCUUUGGUGACAAGGACUUCAAGACUCUAUACGUCACGAGUGCCGAUUUAGGUGAGGGCGACGAGCCCGACGCUAACGACAACGGCGCAGCUGUGUACAGGAUCGAGCUUGGGGAUCUGAACAUCCAAGGUGUGCCAAAAAACAAGUUUAUUGUGUAA